AUGGCUCCUUUAGACCAGCUCGAGCACGACCAGCAGCCCUUCCGUGUCCACCUGACCGGCUUCGGCCCCUUUGGCCCGCACGCCGUCAAUGCCUCGUGGGAGACGGUCCGCCCACUCGACGGCACCGUGCUCGACGAGCCGCCGACGUUCCCGGGUGCGCCGCCGCCGUACAUUGCACAGACGGCGAGCCGGCGGCGGCGCCCCGUACACCUCUCGACCUCGCUCCUCUCCGUCAAGUACUCGACCGUGCUCUCUUCCGUCCCCGCCCUCCACGCCCUCGACACCGACUCGGCCCGGCCCCCGUACGACCUCGUGAUCCACUGCGGCGUGAGCGGCGACGACCGCGCCGUGCGCCUCGAGCAGCGCGCGCGCAAGUUCGGCUACGACAAGGAGGACGUCGAGCGCGAGUUGGCGCCGCGAGCGGCGGACGGCCGGCGAGGGUUCAGCGGCGAGCGGUGGGCGGCGUGCCCGGAGGAGCUGAGGACGACGGUCAAUGCGGCGAGGGUUUCGCAGUGCGCGAGGAACCGAGGGGUCGAGCACCUGAGCCCGUCGCAGGACGCCGGCCUGUACCUGUGCGAGUUCAGCUUGUACGCCUCGCUCGCGAGCGCCCAACUUCGCAACCCGGACCGGCCCACACCCGUCCUCUUCGUGCACGUCCCGCCGCUCGACACGCCGUACUCCGCCGACGAGCUGACGGCGGCCAUGCGCAUCAUCGUCUGGGCCAUCGUCAACGAGGGCGGCCUCGACUCGUAG